AUGGCACAGAUCAAUUCAGAUGAAGAACAGAGAUUCGGCGGCGGCGGCGGCGGCGGGGGGGGACGGCGGGCGGCGGCGAACGCCCGGGAGCGGGACCGCACGCACAGCGUCAACACGGCCUUCGGCGCCCUCCGCCGGCUCAUCCCCACCCGGCCGGCCGACCGCCGGCUCUCCAAGGUGGAGACGCUGCGCCUGGCCGCCAGCUACAUCUCGCACCUGGCCAACGUGCUGCUGCUGCAGCAGCGGCGGCAGGCCGAGGGAGCGGCCGCUGCCCAGCCCUGCCCGCCGCCCUGCCCGCCGCCGGGCGCCGGGGCGCCGCGGCCCAUCUGCACCUUCUGCCUCAGCGACCAGCGGCAGCGGCGCCGAGAAGGAGAGAAACCGCUGUCUGGUCCGGCCUUAAGCGGACACUGAGUCAGCUGAGAAUCUCCCGCCGACCUUGCACGGACUGUACGACUGCUCCGGGUAACGUCGCCGCGCUCCUGCUCUGUGUUUACCUUAAAUAACGCAGUCCUAAAAGAGCUACUUCUGAAGCCCGGGCGCUUCGUUUCGCAUUGUGACGGGUUUAUUCAGGGUAUGUCGCAAAUGAAAUCGAACGCUGUUGAGACAGUUGCACCUGCCGCGGCAGCUAUUUUAGGGCGAGAAACGUUAAACCGAAGCAGCCGAGCCCUGACCCUGGUCUCUCCUAAACCUGUGUCACAUGGCGAAACUUGAACUUCCAAACACGCAGUGUCUCCUGUCAGGGGAAGCUGUCAUGAACACAUCGUGCUCUACGCCUUCGGCCCAGCUUGGGCCGCACGCAGCGCGGCCACCCACUCCUCCAGCUGCGCGCUAAUUCUUGGGGUGGGGGGCCGAUACCGACAGCUGACAUGCUCGAGAGGUUUGAACGAUGCUGGAAGAUUAUUUUUAAGGUGUUCACAGAACGCGGGGAAACUUCCAGCGAAAGCACCGCCGUUCGCUGCGCGCAUAGGCGCGGCAGCGCAUCGACACGGGACGUAGCCAGGACAGGAGAGGAAAGUGGAGGAGUGCUGCGUAAGCGAUGCUCUUUUCUUAUUAACGGCGUGAGUCGUGCCAGUCCUAUAAAUAGCAUGGGAUAUUCCUAAAUCUGUCUGGCAAACACAGGGUAGGGAGGGUUUCCCAAGGGCUCUCUACAAUGACCCGUCACCCAGGUCAUUCCCAAACUGUGCCUGUACAUCACUGAUGUCAUCUAUCUCCCCUCAGUUUAUUAACUUGUAUACUUUUUUUUUUUUUCCUAGAAGUAAGUCUAAAAAGCAAAUAUGCAUGUUACGUUUUCAGUUUUGGACAUUAGUGAAGCAGCAGGCUAAAAUCUUAAACCCCAGUAAUGGUGGAUUUAAAAAAAAUAUAUAGAUAGUUUAAUUUUGCAAUGUUUUUUCUAGUUAGUUAGAAUAUAUUUAAUUAGGCCUUAAUUAAUCUUAACUUGUUACUUUGGGAGGCACUCAGUAUUCUUGAAAAGCUUGGUAACUGUACCACUCUGAGAAGUGCUGCGAAGAAUACUUGUCUUUUUUUCUGCCCUGGUGCCAUCUGUUCAGUUCUCCUGGCCAGCCUUGCUGCUUUAGCCAAAUGUGAGGACUAAAGAAGCAGCACUGCGCUGCUCACUUUACUUUCUGUAUAGAAUUUUCUCCUCCUCCCCUAAAUAAGUGCAAAGCAAAUUCUGGCAUUUAUUAUGAAGAACUUAGCAAGAACAAGAUCUUGGUAUAUUCCUCAUGCAACUUCACGUUUUUAGUUUUCCUUCUCCCCUCCACAACACACACUGACCACCUUUCCUUUAUCACAGUGAGGAAAAAUCUGUUGUGCCUACAGAAUCUGCAAUAAACUUCCCUUAUAAAUCCUAAUCAAGAAAAAUACCAAAGCAAAGUUCCGGCAAUCCCACAUCAUGUCACUCUAUUCGCUUACUAAAAGCUACAGGCUGUAUUUUCCUGGAUUGAGAAGAGUUUGUUGUUUUUAGAAGGUUUGUAUGUUGGGUUUUUUAAAUAGGGAACUUUAAAUUGCUGCCAGGUUAUGAUCUUUGUUUUGCUUUGGCAUUGAUUUGUGAAGCUGGAACUCUUUACAGCUUUAUACAAAGUGCUUUUUAAUUUUUGUAUUGAGUUGGCAUGUGCAUGUGGGUUUAGACAUCUACAAACGUGUCUUCGUGGCUUUUUUUUAAAUGAAUUUGAAAAAGUUUGUCUUUUAAAAAGUUAUUUAUAAUUAAAGCUGAUCUUACAGUUGAGCUCUACAUUCUUAUGUACACAUUAAACCAAAGACUCUGAUCUGCCUUACAGAUAAUUAAUACAAAUCUAUUCAUUUAGCUGUAUCAUUCAGUAUGAUACCCUAAAAUGGCAAAAAAAAAAAAGCUGUUUCAGUCAAUUUUAGGAAAAUUUUGCAUUGAGUAUGCUCUGAAUUUUGCAAUUCGUAAGACAGACAAUAAAAUUAAUUAUUUCAGGUUUUCAAAAUGUUGUGACUGUUGCAGUUUUAAGAGUUUUAAGCUUAGUUCUUGGCAAAUGCAGCAUAUUUUGAUUUAAUAGGAUAUCUCUACACUUAGUUAUUAAAGGAAAUGAGUAUAAAAAAGUGAGGUCCACUACUGCACCAUAGUAUUAGCUGAAAGCUCAUGCCUUGAAAUUUAUGAAUAAUUUGCACAAUCCUACAGGAAUUUGGUGUUCUCACUUUAAAUGGGAUUUUAUCUCCCUGGUUUUGUAUAACAUUUAUACAAAAUGGUUUUCAAUGACAAAAGCAGGAGCCGGCUGUUACGACCUGGCCAUCUCUCCUGUUUAAUGUGGCUCAGUGUAGCAUUAAAUUCUUCUCUCUUUACUCAGGAUAAACUGUUGAAUUCAACUGGGCUUUAAGAUUUUGGUAUAAUGCUCAGGGUUUCAAUUACUAAAUAAUAUUGGAAUUUCAGUAACACUGAUUGAUCGUGGCAGAAAUUAGGCCCCAGAGCACUGCGGACCAAAUAUUCAUGGUAUAGACAGAUAAUAUCUAUCCAAAACAAUUAUGACAGUGAUUUCUCUGAGGAACAGACCGCAAGCCUGCAUUUAUAUAUAUGUAACACUAUGUAUUUAAAUGGGGACAAGUGGGGACAGAUCCUUACCUUUGCUGAAGUUUAUUUAUAUUGUAAAACUUCUCUACCCCCAGGAGCAGAAAAAGAUACAGGAUUGAGCUGUUACUGUGUAAUGGGUUUUCUAUAAACCUGGGGAAAAAGAAUUUAAUUUCUAGAGACACAGAUGAAUUGAGUGCUCAGAUUCCACAUAUAAAGAGCUCACUCAUCAUUAGGUAUGUUAUUGAAUUUUUACUGUAUGAGGUUGUGUGUCUUAUCAGUUCUAUUUUUUUAAUCAUUUCAUGGAGAGGCAUUGUUCAUGGCAUGCACAAAUAUAUAUUUAUAAUCUAAAACUUUGAGGGUGUCUAAGAGCAAGUACCUUACUUGAUGGUCAGGCAUUGGAAUGAUGUGCGUUUUUCCGGAAGUGCUGAGCACCCACUUCUUCUGCUGAAGACAUUGGUUUUUUGACAUAUUUGUAAGUGCAUUCUGUUCUGUAUGUAUGAACAGAGGCAUGCCUAAUGCCAGUCCCAUCUUUGUUUUUCUGUAAACACUUGGCAAUUCAAUUUACAUGAUGCAUGAAUAAAGCAGAAACAGUGAGAUAUACACCAUUUGAUCUUAGAUCCUAUUAAAUGAUUGUUAAAAUAUUCCGAGCAUAAUACUUUCUAUAAAUCAUUGUACGUAGCCUGCUACAUCACAAUAUAAAAACAGCAUCAAGCAAAACGAAUAAAUCUUGUUGUUUGAUUUUACUGGUUAAGUUUAAAGAAGUAUUUGAACAUAGUUCUCGGUUAUUUAUAAAUUAAUCGUAAUGUUAAGUCAAAGUACUUUCAUAUGUUAGCUACUAUUUUCAGUUCUGUUCUACAAAAUGGAAGUUUCCUUUCUAAUACCUUCUUGGAAAAUCUGCUUCUUUACAAAAGUCUGUAUUUGUUUGCAAAAUGUGCUUAUAUUUGCUAAAUUAAACAGUAUUUUUGUUACUAAACAAUAAACUAUGAACACUAA